UGAACUUUAAAAAAAAUAUAUUAUUUGUAUCAAGUCAAACUUACUCAUAAACACAAAGACUGAUAAACUUAUGCUUGAUACUCUAUGGUUACAUUAGGCCUGUAUAGCAGUCUGUAAAAGUAAUAAUACUUCCAUAAAUGAGAUGAUAAGAAUUAAUGUGUACUUAAAAAAUAAUGCCAAGAUCGUUAACCGUAACGUAGUAUGCUGUUAGAACUAUCGUUUUUAAUUUUCUAUAGCACAGAACAAAUAUCCAUAUAAAUUGAAAUGGAGCAUCAAGGAAAGUGUUCACAUUUAUCUCUGUCGUAUGAUCAGUCUCUUUCAUUAUUUCUAGUGGAAACCAUCACACCAAACACUUUCAUCAUUAGAAAAAUAUAACAGUGGAAGCGGAGUCCGUGGACCACGUGAAGGCGGCAGAAGACCACUUCAAGGCUCUGGUGUCCACCCAGUGGAUAGUCUCCACGACGACACACAACAUGUCCAGUCCUGUCUACAAGUUUUUGGAGACAACAGCUGACCCACAGCUGGCCGCUUCACUACAAAAUUCUAUUAAGAUUGUGGAGCAGGGGCUGAAACGUUACUCAGGAGACAGUUUGAUGCUCAGCUUCAAUGGUGGCAAGGACUGCACAGUGCUUCUUCACAUCAUCUUAGCUGUCUGGCAACAACUGGGCAUCCCUGGGUCACUGCAAACUGUGUACUUCAGGCCUGCCAAUCCAUUCCCUGAAAUUGAACGGUUUAUUGCCGACACCGUUGACAGAUAUAAGCUGCAUCUGACAACAUUGGCGGGACCAAUCAAGCCGGCGCUGGCAGUCUUGGCGGAACAAAAUCCGAACGUCCAGGCGAUAUUUCUUGGCACUCGACGCACCGAUCCCUUCUCAUCCAACUUGAGUGAUUUUCAGAUGACAGAUCCCGGCUGGACCCAGCUGAUGAGGAUAAACCCUAUUCUUGACUGGAGCUACCGUGACGUCUGGACUUUCCUCAGAGGCACAGCAGUACCCUACUGUUCUCUGUAUGACCAGGGAUAUACAUCUCUAGGUAACCAGGACAACACAAAACCCAACCCCAGCUUGCGUCUGACGGAACCGGGUGGUAAGGAAAAUUACCAGCCGGCGUGGAUGCUGACAGAUGAUUCUGGGGAGAGGCACGGUCGUUCACAACAAGAAGUGGGUGGUGGACAAGUCUCUACAAGCAAGUGAAGAACUGGCACAGCUUGUGGGCGGAGCAGCAGGUCCUGAUGGCCGAGCAGUUCUCGCUCACUCGCUCACCACAAUCACGCGCUCUGGUGCUCACAUUCUGAACUUAGCCUUUCCGUCACCUCCCUCAGACCCGUUCCUCUCGCUACUCCUUCAAUCGAUCUCCGAACUUCACGAAAUCAUAGGAGAUGGUGUCAAGAAUUUCGUGAUUCUCACUAACGCUCUAUUGAAACAAGUGAUAUUUAAGAGCAGUUCUCAAACUUUAAUUAGAGAAUUGUCAGUUUUACAGACUCGAUUGAGUGUUUUGUCUACCACAAAGUGCACAUGCGUACUGACCAGUGAGGUUUUAUCUAAUAUUAUAGUGACGUUUUUCUCCACCCGGUUUGCACCCACGGUGUCAGCAGUUCUUUCUCGCUUGGUGUUUGAAUGGGUUGCCAAAUUAAAUGGUAUUCCAGAAGUAUGUAGGUACAUUACGCAAUUUUCGUCACUUUGUUUCAAGUUCAAUUCGUUUCCUGUUGCUUCAUCUUGUGUCCAAGAUGGGUUCAUGAUUAAGGGAUUAAGUGUAAAUAGGUUGCCACACUCUGGGCAAAAAUGUAUCCUCAGAGUCUAUUAUCACUCGAUGGAUACCACCCCUGAUAAUGGUGACAUAGAAACGGAUAUUUUGGAAGUUCUCAAAGUUAAAACGGACUCUACCGCUAGUUUGAACUACAGUGUACUUUUUGUAACAAAUUUAGUUCUCGAAGAUAGAGCAUUGUUUUUGUUGAAUUAUAAGAAAAUAUUUACAAUUCAUGCAGUUUGUAAUGAUUCAAUUAAAUUUCUAUUCGAACAGACUGUAGUUAAGAAUGUGUUAGUUGUUGAUUACCGUUACAUCAAUGAUUUGCUUUGGAUUUCAUUACAAGAUGUUUCCCACCUUGUGCUAAAAGGUCCCAGUGCCACUUUCACCAAAGACUACGCAGAUAGCGUUUUAGACUGUUUGAAAAUGUUACUGUUCAGCUUCAAGGAUAUUUGUUGUACUGUAAAUGCAGGUGGAUACUUCGAACACGCUCUUGUGAAAAAGAUGUUCAGUGAGUCUUGUUCCAAGGAUUGUAAAGCAAGGAUGCCACCUGUUACAUCUCGUGAACAAAUUUUGAAUUGGUGUGAAGAUGGAAAUCAAGAUUCAGAGUGUUUAAAAUGCUUUGACCCGAUGUUGUUUCAUGGUUUGGACUCGGAAGCAGUAGACGUUGUCUGCCGUGCUGUGUUUUCAUCUGUGAAACUACACUUUAAUGAUAAAAAAUGCCUCGAACCUGUAUCAUUGAGGUUAGCAGUCAUUGCUAGAGCUCUGAAUGCUACCAUUGCUUUUUGUAAAUUAGACGGUGCUUUGAUCAAACCAAAGAAAGGAAGGUUGUGUUAAUAAAAACACAAGUAAAAAAAUAAAUAUAUUAGGUUUAUUAGAACACAUUCACUGCAAAUUUGGUUAUUUUUCUCAUAUUACGAUGUCGGUCACUGAUGGCUCAAUGGCUUUGGCGUCUGCCUCACGAUAGAGCACUCUAGGUGAUUGGUGGUACUACCAGAUUUGGUUCUAUAAGGGAGUGACGCCGUGUACAGUGUGUUCUUUUUAAUUGUCUUGAGUCAUCCAUGACCCAUGUUGUAAAUUAUUUAUAUUCAAUUAUACCAAUAUUGAAUAAAUAUCAAAAAUAUAACAAAUAUAAAAGGUCUACCCUGUACCUAGGAGACUGGUGGAAUAACGUAGCAGACUAUGAUUGCAGCUAAAAUAAGCGUGAUCAAGAAGUGAGAAAUAAUUGUGUAAGCAAAAUAGGUCAUACGUAAAUAUUUUACGUAAUUACUUUAUAAUAAUAAUUAUAAAAUAUACCACUUCAAUCCCCAAUUAAAUCGUAAAAAUCUGUUAAAAAUAGAUGUUCUAACAGAGUAAGUUUGAUGAAAUCCUGUAGGGUUAUGAACUAAAAUUUUCCUAUGACUUAACGGUAACUCAUGGCGCAGUGAACAUAUUACUGGUAAUUGUUCUUUUUUGAUCACCAUUAAAAAUAUAUUGGCAUUCUUUUCUAAUUACAUUAAUUUAUUAUGAUGCUGAGCAUUGGAUGUAUUUUCUUUUGUUGAAUUUAAUUACAGUGAUAAAAUGUUGUCUGUGUUUAGUUUUAUUACAGCUAAGAGGCACAAUAUUGUUCUGCUGGUACUUAAUUUAGUUUUUUUAGAUAAUUUUUAAAUAUCUUUAUUUUAUCAUUGAUUCUUCCUCAGGUAUUUUUUAUGUUGUGCAAUUUGUUAGUCUCCCUUUAAAAUAGUUUAAGGAAGUUCUAAAUUCAUUACCCAUAGUUAAUUUAUGGAUGUUAUUGGUUAAUUAUUGUUCUUGUAUAGUUUUAAAAUAUAUUUUCAUUUUGUUGAUUUUGAUUUUUUAAGUACUUAUGUUGUUUUUAAACAGCCAGUAUUGUAAUAAAACUGUUUAGGACUAGAUAACAUUUUAAUGUACUUAUUUGUUUAUAUUUUUUCUGAAGUGAUUAAAUGUAUUCAAUUUCCAAUGAAAACAAUGCUGUUAUUAUAUUUAUAACAAAACUAUUCAUUUGUAUAUUUUGUUUUCAAAUUCAUUCCAAUUUUCCUUCUUGAAUUAAAUACAUCCUUACAAUUCUAUAUCGCUACUUGUUUUUCUUUUUUUUUUAACUUAAUUUAUAGACUAGUUCUUUUUGUUCAGUAAAAGAGGAAAAAGUUAGGUCUUAAUGACAGUUUUGAUUAAGGGAGAACAAGAUUAUAUAUAUAUACAAUUGCGAAGAUUGUGUCAUCUUGUUACAAUAAGAUGAAAUAUUCUGUGUCCAUUUGACACCUUUUUCGACCACAGAAAACGAGA